AUGAGGCGGUCCUUAAUACUCUCGACUGGCACACCAUUGCUACUUCGUGCUAUCGACAAAUACCGACCAGAUAAAAAAUGGGCACUGCAAUGCCGGCGAAAAAAUUGUCUAAAGUUGGUCAAAAUAUUUUUAUUUUUUAUAAUUGUAAAAUUAUUUUUAUUUUUUAUAAUUAUAAAUAAUUAUAAUUAUUUAUUUCUUUUGGAUGAUUUAUUAAAUGAAAAUUUUCUAAUUUUCUCCUCUUAUUCUUUCCAUGUUUUUCAUUUUUUAUAUUUUUUCAUGUUUGUUUUUAUAGGUUUAAUGGCUUCGUAG